GUUCUUUUUCAUCUUUCUCCCCAAUGAAAGAUAUGAGAUAUUCAACUGCAGUGCUACAGAUUAUGAAGAUUGUGAGAAUAGUUGUCAAGUUUCAUCCGUUAUUGACAAUAACUAGUCUUAUUUGCCAGGUAAUACUCUUGCAAGAUUGGAUUGAAGAGGAGGUGAGCAAUGAAUGGAAAACUCUAAAGGUGUAUUGCCGAUCAACAAUAAGAGCUCUGUUGAAUCCGAUUACUGAGAAAAUGAAGAAUCUAUCGAAAGCCCUCCAGAUGCAUCUCAACCAUGGAGCAGAAAAGGGUCAGCCAAAGACCCAACUCUUAGGUAGACUUGCCUUAUUCUCUGCCACAUUUCUUCUACUAGAUACAGAAGUAAGUUCCAAAUAUGAUAAAAGAGGGUUCAAAGCAUGGUUAUUGUUGUUUAUUGGAAUUGAGCUGCUAACAUUUUCGAAGUUUUGGAGUCAACUUGGAAUUCUGCAUGGAAGGUGCGACUGUGUGGCAAAUUCAACAUCAAAUUUCACUUCCUUUAUUCUAGCAAUUGUUUUUGCAAAUUUUUAUAAUAAUUCCUUGAGGAGCCUUAGUUGCAUGUUUUUCAUUGCGAUUUAUUUACUAUGUCUACUGGUGGUGUUACGACCACGGACAGACCUUGGACUGUUUAGUUUCAUCAUUGGAGUCAUUGGAUCCAUUACUUACAACCACUUCAAAUUCACAUCUCCCACAUGGAUAAUUGCCUCCAUAUGUUUUGUAUUGUUCAGUUUCAAAAGCUGGUUAGAUAAGUAUUGGUUGAAUUUGGAACAAGAUCAAUCACUGAGCUCUGCAAAUACCAUAGCUGGAAGCACCAACAUAUUUUUUAUUCUGUCAUCAGCUGCUAUAUGAAUCGCAGGAGCCAUCUUUAUGUUUUUUGUUGUCAAAUCUAACCCGUUCAAUUAUAAAGCACUGUUAGUUAGGGCAAUCGAGAACAUUAUAUGGACUAUCCGCUUUCAUAAGCUCUAUCCCAAAGAUACCUCACUACCCUCUACAAGUACCAAAGGAGUCAAUGGUUUAAUUUUGACCAUUGUAAAUGUUGCACAGGGUAUUUUCUUGUUUGGUCUUUCCACAUCUUUUAUGGCUGAUUAUAAAGUUUGGUUAUUUUCAGUAAUCAGUUUUGUGAUUUUUUGUUUCUGGUUACAAAGCCUUUUCCCCAAAGAUUUGUCACUGCCCUCUACAAAUGCUAAAAGAAUCGUCCGUAUGAUUUUGUCUUUG